CCGCUGUUGCCUGCCGCCGCCAGCACAGCCUGAACUGAAGCGAAUUGAGGAGGAGGAAGAAGACGGAGACGACGACGACGAGAAAAGAGGUACGGCGGCUACAGCUCGGUUGAGAUUCGCCAGCCACAAGGAAACGGCACCAGCGGGAGGGGAGGGAGGCAGGCGGAGCGAGAGGCGAGGCGGCGGCACCACCACCAGAAACAGAAGCACCACCGGUGACCGGGAACAGCCUUACAAGCAGUGGCGGCGGCGGGGACUCCUCGAGAAACAGUAGCCAAGCCCGCCCCCAUUUGCCUGCCUGCCUCCCUCCCUCCCCUGCCGCGGAGACAGACCGGGGGGCGGCAGCAGCAGCAGCAGCAGCAGCAGCGCCGAGGAGAAGGAGCCGCGACCAGCGUCUGCGUGUGCUGAGGGGAAGGAGAGCCAGAGAGGAAGAGGAGGGGGAAAUACCGACGACUGCGCCGGCCGCUGGCGCACGGCGCUGGGGAAAGGCUUCCAGUGGGAGCGGCUACAGGAAGAGGGAGAAACGGCGGCGGAAGAUCUCUGAGUAAACGAGCUGGAGGAAGACUAGGGCGCAGCCCUCGACCGUGGCGAGAGCGGAGUAGGGGUUGGGGGGGUGGCGGUCUCCGACUUUCCCCCCGUAUUUUUCUCCACCGCCUGGGACCCGGCGGCAUCUUCCGGUGGCUUCUUGGUCGACGGUCACGGCACCCCCUUUUUCCCGCUCCCUCCUCCCCCUCCCCAGAUUUUAGGGGGGGAAGAGGCCUUCCUCCCGCCCCACAUACACACCCUGUCUCUUCCCCGCCUGGCGGGCGCCCAGUGCGGUGGUUGGGUGAGUGCUGGUGCGGGCGCUCGCUCGCUGUCUCCGUGCGCUUGGAAUAUGGUUGGGGAAAUGGAAACCAAGGAGAAGCCCAAGCCGAGCCCCGAUUACCUGAUGCAGCUGAUGAACGACAAGAAGCUCAUGAGCAGCCUCCCCAACUUCUGUGGGAUAUUCAACCACCUCGAGAGACUGCUGGACGAAGAAAUUAGCAGAGUACGGAAGGAUAUGUAUAACGACACGUUAAAUGGUAGUACGGAGAAGAGAAGUGCAGAAUUACCUGAUGCUGUGGGACCUAUUGUACAGUUGCAAGAGAAACUAUAUGUGCCUGUAAAAGAAUAUCCAGAUUUUAAUUUUGUUGGAAGAAUCCUUGGGCCUAGAGGACUAACAGCUAAACAACUUGAGGCUGAAACAGGAUGUAAGAUUAUGGUCCGAGGCAAAGGGUCCAUGAGAGACAAGAAAAAGGAAGAACAAAACAGAGGCAAGCCGAACUGGGAACAUCUGAAUGAAGAUUUGCAUGUACUAAUCACUGUGGAAGAUGCUCAAAACAGAGCAGAAAUCAAAUUGAAGAGGGCUGUGGAGGAAGUAAAAAAAUUACUGGUACCUGCAGCAGAGGGAGAAGAUAGCCUUAAAAAGAUGCAGUUGAUGGAACUUGCAAUUCUCAAUGGCACGUACAGAGACGCCAAUAUCAAAUCACUCUCAUGCAGUCUUGAAGGCAUAGCCCUUGCCUUUUCUCUUGCAGCAACAGCCCAGGCUCCAAGGAUUAUCACAGGGCCUGCGCCUGUUCUCCCACCAGCUGCCCUGCGUACCCCUACGCCAGCUGGCCCUACCAUAAUGCCUUUGAUCAGACAAAUACAAACCGCUGUCAUGCCAAAUGGAACUCCUCACCCAACUGCUGCAAUAGUUCCCCCAGGACCUGAAGCUGGUUUAAUUUACACACCUUACGAGUAUCCCUACACACUGGCACCUGCUACAUCAAUUCUUGAGUAUCCUAUUGAACCCAGUGGUGUAUUAGGUAUGGCUUUCCCAACGAAAGGCUAAGAAUUCAAGAACGGUCUUAACUGAACUCUCUCAUCAGAGCUGAUUUUAACAAAUAAUUAGUUUUCAGCAGCCUUGAAAAAUUGUAGCCUAGCAGUCAGUGACUUACUUGCACUUUUUUUGCACAUAGAAUUAAAAAUGCUAUUAAUUUGGUGUAGCCUGUACUAUAUAUGAUAAACUAGCUGUGAUUUAUGAGUGUAUGGUAGUGUACUGACUGCUAUGUAUUCUGUACUAUUUGCUUUACUAAUCACCUAAUUCAUUGCAGUUCACAGUUAUUGACUUAGUUUUUAAACCACAGUCUGUAGGCUUGAGGAAUUGCUUUAAAACUUUUUUUAAAAAAAUGGUAAAAAAACUGGAAGUUGUUCUAAGAUUAGCAAAGAAUCAUCAGUAUUAAAAAUGGCAUUAUUUAAAAAUAGUCCUGCUUACAAGGAAGGCACUUCAGUGAAUAUGUGACUAGUAAAGCUCAAAUAUGCUUGGGUCUAAUAGAUUUCAUGAAAUACUGUAAUCUUGAGUUUGUAAAUGAAUGGAUAAUGCAGGUUAAGGCCCAAAUGCUUAAAAAUGCAAUAUUAAUUUGCAAAGUAUGCUCCAUAUAUUAAGAAUUUGAAACUACUGUGCCUUAACUAGUUGCUUUCUUAAAAUGAAUUUUAGAAAGUGAUCAAUUUAAAACCAUUUUGAUAAGCCUGCUGUUAAUGUUUUUGCAAAUGUUUUCUAACUGUCUUGGUAAUUGCAAUUUAACUAGGUGCGGUGGCUACUAAAGUUCGAAGGCACGAUAUGCGUGUCCAUCCUUACCAAAGGAUUGUGACCGCAGACCGAGGUUAGUUUAGUUCUGCAGUUCUUGCUUAUAAGAAAUGCCUUGAGUGUACAUGAAAUUUGCAACACCACAGCUGGUUAACCAAAUACUGUUUUGACCAUUCUAUGGAUGUUUUAUAUCAAUUGAAAUGGUAAUAAUUUUAAACAUCUGAAAGAAUCUUGUAAACUACUGUACCUUACCAUCUAUAUGAAAUAUAUAAAUGUCAUUGUAUUCAGUUUAAAAUGCUAUAACUUGUUCCCUUUUUAAGCACUAUUUAUGUUUUUUAAUUCAAGCAGGACUCAAGACUUUAGUGUUGCAUUAAUAGUUGAUUCUCCUAUGUGACUCUCUAUUAUAGCAGAUUGGUGUUGCAAAAUAAAAUGAAUGAAUGGGCGCUUAAUGAGAUAGAAGUAAAUGCUUUCUAUGUGUUUCAGGAGAAAGCUGAAGAUUUAGUUUCCUCUUUGCUGAUAAAUGGUUUGUGCCACUGUACUAUAAUUUGAUCCACUAUGUGAGAACAAGAUUCUUCUGUAAAUUCAGCAAAGAACUGUGAAAAUUACAUAUCAAAAGUUGGUUAGUGUUUGUUAGUAAAGAUGCUUUCUUUAACUUUUCCUCUCCAAAAUGAAUUUUCAGUCUCAAUAUUUGCUGCUAAAAUGCAUUUCCUGAACUUAUUGCAAUUUUGAUGCUUUUGUUAGCUAGGACAACUGUUUUGGGGCCCUGGUUGACUUCGUUAAUGGAAAAUAAAUCUUCAUCUUCUCCUUUUCAUCAGAUAAAAUGUACAGUAUUCAACUGUGGGACCCAUGAACAAAUUUAAUCUUGUGAAAAGUGAGCAUUCGGUUUAUUGACAUAGAGUAGACUACUGGAGGUUGUGCAAUUGUUCAUGUUUGCUCAGGAGCAUUUAUCUUAGUGGUGGUUCUAAUUUGGUUUGCGUAUUUGGCAGGUCACUAUACUGUUUGUUUCCAUAUGAAUGCUCCUUCCCUACCUCACAGGGGUGUUGUGGGGAUUAAUUUGUGGUACAGAGUUCUGAAACACCAGCCAGAAUGAAGGUGCUAAGUAGUUACAGAGAACAGGGUUUCUUUCUUUAGGUAUGUGUUUCAGUAAAGUGAAUUCAGGCAAUUAAUGUUUUAUCAUAACUUAUUAGAAUGCUAUAUGCUGCCCAGGAUUUUAUUCUGUACAUUUUAGCUAGUUUAGGGAGUUCACAACAAAGGAACACGUUAUAAACAUUCCAUACCACAGAUAUACGCGAAAAAGGCACAUUCUGGAGCAUUUCAGAAAUGAUACACUAUGUUCCCAAAUAUAGUUUCCCUGAAAAACUACUACUUCUACUUCCCUUAUGUUUAAUCACAAUCCUGGUUCUGACAAUCCCCCCCCCGCCAAAUAUCUUCUCCAUAUAAAGACAAGGGAUCCAUAGGCAUUGCUGGUUUCUUAUCUGUGAAUACAACAUUUGAAUAGGGUUUACAGAUGCAAAAUAGAAUGCAUGUAGGCCCAAAUUGUUUGGUUGACUCCUGGAUUUUUGAGGAAGGAAUUGGGCUGAUAUAUACUGGCAAUGCAUACAAUAUACCCUAUCCAAAUGUUAUACUGUUCAAGGUUGCUGGGUUUGGUGUAGAUGUGCCUGUUGAAGAAUGGAGUCACAGUCUCUUGCCACCAUCAUUGCCCCAAUCAUAUAUGUCAGAACAUAGUGAUGGUUCUUUUCUUAAUCUUCUUGCUUGGCUUUUGUACCUGAAAGAAUUGGCAACUGUGUGUUAAUUUUUUAAAAAGAGGCUAUGCUAUCACCUGCUCUUUGAUCAUUGUGAUUCACGCAUCAGUGAACAUUUUGCAGACUUCUUUGGUCAGAUUUUUUUCUUCAAAUAAUUUGUAGCAGCAGGUUUUGUGGUUUUAUUUAUAAUUGUCUUAAAUACAUGUAACAUUUGGAGUUAUUUUUUCUAAAGAGAUGUUCUCAAGUGCCUUAUGAAUGAUGACUCAUAACUCCUUUAGUAUAACCGAUGACAGGUUUUCUUUAGUGGUGCUAUGUGAGUUAGUAGUAUGUACCAUUAGUGAACAUAGUAGAUAAUUUCAGAUUUCAUAAAGUUGAGCAGUAAACUACUGCAGUAAAUUAGAGUAGUAUGUCUACUCUAAUCUCUUUAAGAUUCUUAAGCAUCUCUCUUGAUACCUAGUUCAGAAUUUAUUGAACUUCUGGCCUACAGAAAAGCCAGAAGUAAUUUUAUCUUAAACGUUCUUCUAAAAAAUUUUACCUAAAACAUUCUUCCCAUUAAAUGUGUAAAUUUGUGCUUUGAUUUGUCCAUUACUGGUAUUAGUUAAAAUAUGUCAGUAAACCGAAAUGUUUUCUUUUCAUGAGGAAAAGCUAUAAGCAGAUUGAUUUGUGUCUGCGGUAAUUUUUUUUAAAAAAAAUUGUAAAGCUAUUAUGUUUUCUCAUUAAGCAAGCUUUUAUUCUUAAUGUUGGCUUACAUGUAAGCAUUCUGUUUAAAGCAAGAGCCUCCAGUAUGUCAGUAUUCAUUCUCUCGGAUUAGAAUUGAAGAAUUCAGCAGUACUUACUAAAUUUCUGCUAAGGUUAAGGCACUGCUAUAUAAAUAAUACAAAACUGAAUCUGAUUCAUGUAACUGAGAAACUGACUGAUUUAAUUGUAAUAAACUGUAAAUGGUGUUGCACAGUUAACAAACCUGUGUGUACUGUAGAAGGUCAGGGACUUGGCAGAGGAUGUAUCACAGGUGUACUGGUAUCUUAAGAUAGCUUGCAUUGAUUAUAUAUACCACAUGAAUGGCAAUGCUAAGACUGUAACUGAAUGUUUUUUUUUCUGAAGCCAAUUGUCACAUAAUUUAUAUAUAAAAUUGUAAUACCUUUUUAAAAUCAAAAUUGUAGUAAGUACCAAGAAUGCUUUAAGAUUCCGAAUAUCUAGUAUACAUUUUAAGGUGGCAAGAUUGUGCCACAUUAAAUAUUUAUUUUUAUUUUAUUUUUAUUUUUUACAACUUUUUAACUUAAAUCCCACUUUUCAGAUUUUUUUUCAAAAAAAAUCAGGGAACAGAAGGUCUCAUUUAAGAUACAGCAAUAAUGUUUAGUGUUCAUGAACUGUAGCCUAAAUGAUAGGCCACAGAGAAACAAUUUACCAUGUGAAAGUAAAUCCUACCCAUGAUGUAGGUCAUUAAAAAGUGUGCUAUCUGUGAACAUUGCGCCUACUGAUUUUAUGAAAUGGCACAAAUCUGACUUUGCACUGAAUACCUUUCUCACUUUCAUCUCCUCUGCUUUAGUCAAUGGCAACAGUACAAAUACUCUUAUCAAACCUCAGAAUUUACUAGAGAUGAUUAAGCUGUUGAAUGAGUCUUAAAAUAUGUACUACUGUAAAGUGGACCAAGUUGUUGAAGGAGAAUGUGAGAGUCAUUAAAGAAGGAACAGCUCAAGAACACUGAGAAUGAUAACUUUCCACUUGAGAACUUUUUUUUAUGUUUUACUGUAAUUUUUGUGUGUUUUGGAAAAGAAAAUAGUAUUUACAGGUGGCUUCUUUUAAAAUAUAAAAAUAUAAAGCAGGAAUGUAUAUGAAAUGUCAGAUUUUAUUGUAUUUGCAGAGUAUUAGCUUGAAAAUAAAGAGCUGUUUGUAGUUUUUAAAUGCCUUAUUAGUAUCAAUUAGAUUUCCUAUAUUUUUGAUGUAACUAGAGCAUUUUAAGUAUAGAAUUUAAAAUGGCAGGACUUUUACAGUGUUUACAUGCAAGUGCAUUUUCUUAGUGUCCUAUAUAUGUAAAAUAGCAUUUUCAGCAGGAAAACGCUAUUUGGCCUUUUCCUGGUUUGACCUUUUCCUGGUUCCCAUGAUGAUGCCUACACUUCUAGACUACAGUUUAGUAUUGCUUUGUAUCAUGAAGCCAAGAAAUUCAAUGUUGUUUGUAAAUAGAAUAAUUGAAAAGCAAUAAAAUUUAUUGAACAAAAA